AUGAAUGGCUAUGCUGAGCAGCAAAUCCUGUUGGAUUUCAACCACAACUCCAUGUUUUCCCCAGAAACCUAUCAACGGUACAAUUAUUCUCCGGUCCUUGAAACGAGCCCCGACUGGACUGCUGAUCUUGCGUCGGCGAGGUGGUUCAACCUCCUCACUGCCGAUGUAGGCGGCGUCACAGGCUCAUUGUCCCGGAUCAACACGUCCACCAGUGCCAGCGUUGAUUCAGGACCUGUGCAUGAUCUUAACCCAGCUGGCUUGGCUAACUCGGAGGACAACCAUGUCCACGCUCGCCCACGCUCGGAAUCGGUCGAAGUUUGGCAGUCAGAAAAGGACUUGCAACUCACUGCUCUUGAACUGUCUGUUUUCCAGAAUUUCUUGGAUCUCUUUGACCCCCAGCAAAGCUUUGCAGCAUAUGCCACUCGUCUGGCGCUCCGGAAUGAAGGUCUGAUGAAAGCCAUAUUAGCCCUUUCGGUGCAGCACACUAUCCAUCUGAACCGGCGCCACCGGACGGAAACUACCCUCGACUCGAACCAAGCCGUCCAAUACUACCAUGACACCCUUCGUUACGUGCAGACCGCGCUGCAAUACACCAGCUACACCCUGUCGGAAGAGCUGAUCGCCACCUCUUUGAUCAUUUCCACCUAUGAAAUGAUGCAUCAGUCUCACCAGGAAUGGCAACGCCACCUUAAGGGUAUCUUCUGGAUUCAACGUUCUCAGAAUAUCAAUGGACUGUCCAAAGGCAUUCGGCACGCCGUGUGGCGCGCAUGGCUUCGUCAAGAAGUAUGGGCAGCUUUCAAGGAGCGCCGGAGAUGCCUGAGCUACUGGCGCGAUCCGAAAGACUUUGGCGAUCAGGAUCAGCAUGAAUUGGCGGAUUCGGCCACCCUCCUCCUGCGAGAGGCAGUCAACUACUAUGCCGAGGGCGGUGCGCCGGAAGGAACAGACGCGACAAUGGGUCUUCAAGAGCAGUACAGAAGUCAAAGAGCCGGCCAGCUGCUGGCCCUGUUGGAUCGGUGGAAGAGCCAUUUGGGCGCCGAAUACAAGCCGCUCCCCGGCCCUGACACCGGGGCGGUUUUUAGGCCGAUCUGGAUCCAUCCGUCCAGGUUUGGCGCGGCUCUUCAGAUAUCUUACUUUGCGCGCCUCAUCAUACUUAUGCAUCGCCCGGUGAGUGCCGGCUUUGACAGCUACUCCAAGUUGCAGCGAGAGCUGUCUAGCGUGGUCUCGAUGAUUUGCGGGAUUGCCAUGGCGUUGGAAGAUGAGGGUUGCCAGAUCAUUUCCUCACAAUGUCUGUUUGCGGCCGGACUCUCUGUGACCGACGACAAUCAACGGAACGAGAUCAUUUCUUUGAUUGAAUCCUGUGAAGAACGCAGUGGUUGGCCCAUGUCUGCCCUACAAGAAGACCUACGCAAGGCAUGGAGCAAAGUUGACGGAGUGGGUACGCCCAACGAACAACAAGGCUGA